GAAAUCCAAUUGUCAUCGUUUUUGACAUCCACACAAAAUAGUUUUGUUUUUCCAAGACGCUGAAAUAAGUAAAUAGUAAUGUCUCGCGGAAGCAGCGCCGGGUUCGACCGCCAUAUAACCAUCUUCUCCCCAGAAGGGCGUCUCUAUCAAGUCGAGUACGCGUUCAAAGCGAUUAACCAAGCCGGCCUAACCUCCGUGGCCCUUAAGGGAGUCGACACCGCAGUCUGCGUGACCCAAAAGAAGAUCUCGGACAAGUUGAUCGACGCAAACACCAUCACUCACCUGUUCCAGGUGACCGAAAGCACCGGCUGCGUAAUGACUGGCAUGAUUGCAGACAGUAAGAGUCAAGUCCAAAGAGCCCGAUACGAAGCCGCCCAAUUCAAGUACAAAUACGGUUACGAGAUGCCCAUAGACGCCCUAUGUCGCCGAGUUGCGGACAUUUCUCAAGUUUACACCCAGAAUGCCGAAAUGAGACCGCUGGGCUGUUCGAUGGUCCUCAUUGGGUAUGAUGAUGAGAUUGGUCCCUGUGUCUACAGGGCUGACCCAGCUGGCUAUUAUUGUGGAUACAGGGCUGUCAGUGUGGGGGCCAAGCAAACGGAGGCCAACAGCUAUCUGGAGAAGAAAUUGAAGAAAAAACAGGAGUUGCAGCACGAUGAUGUCAUACAAUUGGCCAUAAGUUGUUUGUCCAGUGUUUUGUCUGUGGACUUCAAGCCGACUGAAAUUGAAGUUGGAGUCGUUUCCAAGGAUAACCCCAAAUUUAGGAAGUUAACUGAAGCUGAGAUUGACAGACAUCUUACUGCUAUCUCUGAAAAGGAUUAACUUUAGGUUAUUGGUUUAAUGUUUGUUUUUUCAAUAUAUUUAUGAUAAUAAAAUAUAUAAAUGGUAA